CUUACCUAUAGCUAUGUAUAUAAAAUAGAUAUAAUUGGUCGUAUUGUUCAAAUACAUGGACCACAAGAAAAGGUUAUUGGUGGUCAUAAUACAAGGCUGAUAGACUUUGUGUUGGAGGAUGCAUUGGGAAAUAAGCUAAGUUGUACCUUUUGGGAUGAUCAUGUGUCCAAAAUUGAGCCUUUCUAUCAGCGUGAGAUGAAUGAACCUGUUGUAGUGUUGAUCCAAUUCUGCAGAGUAAAGCUGGGCUUAAGAGAUGGUGAUGUGAAAAUUUGUUCAUCCUAUGAUGUGACCCAAUCGCUGUUCAACCUUGACCAACCGGAAUUUAAAAGUUUCACAGAAAGAGACAGGGAAUAUCAAACACCAAUUAGAAGCAUAACAUCAAUGUCAAGUCUUAGCUACACCAAUACCAUUGAUGAGUCCACAAGUCAGUCCAUGGAUCUGAUUACAAUAUCUGACAUAUUUGACACUGAGAAUUUUGGUGAAUUCUGGAUUGCUGCGAGGAUCAAUGGUAUUGAGUCACCCACAGAUUGGUUCUAUACUUCCUGUCCAAAAAAGGGUUGUAACAAGAAAUUAGAACUCUCAGAAGGGGUGAACAAAUGUUUCAAGUGUGUGCAAGUUCAUAAUACCCAUGUUUUAAGGUAUAAACUUAGAGUACGUGUUGUGGACAUGAAAGGUAAUGCUUCAUUUUUGAUAUGGGAUCGAGAGUGCAUGGAGUUAAUUGGGAUUGCAGCUAUAUGGGAUCGAGAGUGCAUGGAGUUAAUUGGGAUUGCAGCUGCUGAUUUAUAUGACAGUUAUACAGAUGUUGGGAUUGCAGCUGCUGAUUUAUAUGACAGUUAUACAGAUGUAAGUCCUAAAUUUUUAACUACUGUCUCUAGAGUCCUACAUUUAUAA